GGCUGCAUUUCGUGAACGACGAAGUUGCAGAAGGCUUCGCAUUGGACGCACUGAAAAGCUCACAUCCGAUUGAGGUUGAAAUUGAUAAUCCGAAUGAGCUGGAUGAAAUAUACGACAGUAUCACGUACGCGAAAUCGAACUCAGUGAAUCGCAUGUUGUGCAAUUAUCUCGGUGAGGAUGUCUUCCAAAAGGGAUUGAGAAUCUACCUGAAUCGAUUCAAGUACGGAAAUGCCGUAACGGAGGAUUUGUGGAAUGCGCACAGUGAAGCAUCUGGACAGGAUGUGAAAACGUUGAUGUCCAGUUGGACGAAACAAAUGGGUUUCCCGUUGGUGAGUGUACAGCAAACAGUGGACGGUAAUAAACGUGUUCUGAAACUCACUCAAAAGCGAUUCAUCGCUGACGGAACUGCCGAUGAGAAUAAUUCAGUGUGGCAGGUGCCAAUAACAGCUUCAACAAGCGCAGACCCAAGCGUGAUCAAGCACCGAAUGCUGAUGAAAGAACGCGAGCAAGAGUUCGUCAUUGAGGGUGUGAAACCA